GACACGACAUCUUCCUUUCUCUUCUCCCUCUGAUUCGUUAUUCAAAUGUUACAGUUUAUUUUGAACGUGUUGGAGCGAAGUAAUUGUUAAAAUGGACAAUAAUAAUGAGGCAGCAUCUUUUUUAUACAAUGAUUCAAGUUCUGUAGCAACUGGAAUCAUAAAGUGCCAUAAUGAUAAUAUGUCUGCUGAGGAAAGCUCAUUGCUUCGACCCUUACAGAGAAGUAUCUCAGAGACAACAGAGGAGAAUAUUGCACUUACGAAGGAGACUACAAGUUUUUUAUCCAAAUUGGAUCUUGAAAUUAAGAUGCUGCCUAAUGAUGUGCAAGAAGGUCUAGAAAAGUCAUCUUUGAUUCUGAAUGCUGAGAAACUGUUUAAAUUUGAUGAAACAGCACUACGUGUAAAUAGAGAACGUAAGAUCAUACAGGAGCAAAAGCGAGAGCGAAACGAGAAACGGAUGUCAAUGAUAUACGAUAUAUUACUUAGAAUUUGCAUGAGAUUACAAACAAAGCUCGAUCAUUUACAAGAUGCAGUUGAUUUUCUUCAAAAUAUUGUUGACAUUACAGAAAAGGAUAAGGAUACUUUAUACUGUAAUAAAGUUUUCUUAUCUACAAAACUAAAAGAGUAUCAACAAGCUGUGGGGAAAUUAGAAAUAGAUAUAAGUGAUAUGCAGAUUGAUGAACUUUAUCCUGAGAAAAUAUUAAAUAAAUAUAAACUCUACUUAGAAAGUACCAGCAAAUUGGCAGAUAUUAAUCAAUCACUCGCUCAAUAUGAUGAUUUACCACCUAAUUUAUUGCAGGCUAAAUUACUAUUAGAAAACAAAAGGAAAGACUAUAAAAAUUUGGAUCAAUUGUUUUUAGAAAAGACCCAAUAAUUUUGAUUGUUUAAUCUUAAAUUCAUAUAUUUCGUUUAUAAUUCGUAUAUUUCAAUAUUUGUAAUACAUCCUUUUCUUCUCAUAGAUAAUCAAUUUAUAGUUAUACUAAAAUGUUAUACUAAAAUGUAUGUUAUAAAUAAGAAAUUAUACAUGUGCACAUAUACAUAAAAA